CCCGAACGCAUUCGUCAACGUGACAGUCGCAACAAGAACGCACUGCACUAUUGUGCCGCACAGAACGCAGAAACACGUGAACUCGUGGCGGCUGCCAGCAUCGCCGUCGCAGCUCCAGAUUUACUGGAGUCUGCCGACGAGGAUGGCUUUACGCCGCUUCACUUGGCUGUUAUUCAGGGCAACUUGGCGAUGGUCAAUUUGCUGCUAGCGAAUAAAGCCGACGUGAAUGCGGUGGAUAACGAGGGCCAUUCUGUGGUACACUGGGCGACGGUUUGCGGUGAAGUUGAAGCUUUACGUUUGGUGUUGGCGGCUGGUGCGAAUAUUGCGAUUCCUGACUUGAAUGGUGGUACGCCGCUUCAUUAUGCGGCGCAGAUGUGUGGCGCCAAUGUUGACAACAAAGUGGGUCAGGCUAAUGCCACUAAGCUGGCUCUGGAAAUACUCGGAAUUCUGCUGUCACACCCGCAUGCCAGCGUUGACGUACAGGACAAGGAUGGCAGACAGCCAUUGCUAUGGGCUGCCUCAGCGGGGUCAGCGAAUGCAGUCAUUGCCCUGGUGAAGGCAGGCGCGCGUGUGGAAAGCGCUGAUAAGGAUGGGUUAACGGCGCUGCACUGUGCAGCAUCACGUGGGCACACGGAGUGCAUUGAUACGCUGAUAAGUCUGUGUGGUGCACCCACAGAUCUAAUUGACUCGAAUGGCUGUACAGCACUGCACUACGCGGUGACACUGGGGCAUGCGGAUGCUACCGCGCGGCUGCUGGAUUUUGAAGCCGAUCCGAAUCGUCAGGACCGAAAAGGCCGCACACCAGCGCACUGUGGCUGCUCGAAGGGACAAUUUGAGACAGUUAAACUGCUGAAGGAGCGUGGCGCUAAUUUGUGGCUGCGAAAUGCUAAGGGCGACUUGCCGGUGCACGAGGCCUGCUCAUCGGGCAGGCGUGAGUUAGUCGAGUGGCUCUUGGAACAGCGACCCAAGCAAGUCAACACUACAAGCAAUGAUGGUCGCAGUCUUUUGCAUAUUGCUUCGCUCAACGACUACACGGAUGUGUGCAAAACACUGAUAGACUAUGGUGGAGACAUCAACGCCAUCUAUCGCAAUAGUAAAGGUGUAGUUUUCACGCCACUCGACUGUGCAUUGCAAAAAGGCCAUCGCUCUACGGCCAAAUUUUUGCAAUCGCAUGGUGGCUUGCCAGCCAGUAAACUCCGUUUGGCUGCGCGUCGAACCAAUCCAUUUCAGGAGGUCAGCACAGAUAUGGUGCGUCCGCUGCGGUAUGUAGAGAAAGAGGAGCUGCAUGACCUGCAAAGUUCCAAGAAGUACGUCGUCUACUCGAAGCACUCGGACUCGGAUGGUGGCGGCGGUGAGGGCGACAGCAACUGUAGCUGCCAUGAGCGGACAUAUCGCAGAGAGCAAAAGUUCGCACAUACCUGUCGCCGGCAUCAGCACAGUCGUCGACAGGCACGCCGUCGCACAAGCAGCUGUGGGGAGCCAAAAGAAGGGCCGGCGCAUGAAAGAAGCGAAACUGAUAUUUGCCGUUCGAAGAGCAACAUCGAGAUAAGACGCCGCAAAUCGCGUGAACGUUACGUGAGCUCGAGCGAAUGGGAGGACAGAGAUGAGGUGGAGAAUGAAGAUGAUGAAGAUUCUUGCGAAAAUUGCUGUUAUCACAAGCGGCAGAAGCAGCGUGUUAUACGUAAAAAAGCCAUAUCGAGGCGUAGGUCUAAGGAUAGAGAGAGUCAUGAGCGCAGCAGUGAAAAAGAUUCCUCGCCGGAAAAACAUAAAGUAAGAGAGGUGGAGGUGGUCCGUGAGAACGGGGAGAAUGCGAAGGAGGCAAUGCCUAAGCCAGAAGGUGGUGAGGAGGAGCACGCAAGAAACUCAAGCCGGCCGCAAUCAACCACUACUCUUGCAACAACAGACACAAUUGGUAUCGCAGGAAAGGAAUCUACUUUUAUUAAGCCUGCAAAGCAGAAUGAUACAUAUGUGGGAGAACAUUCAAUAGAAUUAACGGAUGAGGAAGGAAAACCAGCAGCAGAAUUAAUAACCACGCAGGUCGAUGUCCAUCAAGAGGGGGAUGCAACUGCUGCAGAACAGGCUGAAGAAUCGGGAGAGAGAUCAGAACCAGUGGAUGUUAAACAGGAGCAAGAAGAUUUGAGUAAAUUGACAGACGAAAUGAAAAAAGAAGUAGACCAGGUCAUGAAAAUAGCUGCGCUUGCACUCGAAAGCGAUGCAAAGAAUGGAACAAACAGAAACGGAACGACCGAGAAUGAUGCAGAGAAAGGGGCAGAAGAUAAGAAAGAGUUAGCAGCAUCAGCGAAUAAUGCGGCCGCAGCUGACAUUAAAAUUGAUGCGCCCACGAAAGAUAAAGAAGAAGAAUCCACACAAACUGUACCUAAUGUAACAGAAACUCCAGCAACGCCAAUUCCAACACCAUUGCCAAGUCCCUCGCCAGCAGCAGUUGAUGAAGCAGCUGCUUCCACGGUGCCAUCCAAUGCAACAGCGCAGAUCGGAGAACAGCUAGCUUCCACAACUCAAGAGACAACAACUGAAACCUCAUCUGCCAUUCCAAUUACCAAUCUAGUUGGCGCUUCAGACGCUACAAAUGCAGCAACCGACUCUCAAGCACCGGCUGAUACAGCCGCUGUUGGGAAAGCCGAAGGCGCUGAAACUUCCAAUGCCGAGACUCCAAGCGCAGCACCUGCUGAGGCAGCGGUGGGUGCAGACCAGGCUCCACUUCCGCCUACAGCUACUACUUCCAAUCAAGAAGAACCACAACAACCCCAAGUACAAGCACAAAAGCCGCGAGAGAAAGAAACACGCCGCUCCUUCACUCUCUUGCCGUCCGACUCCGCCGAAGAUGACACAGCCGAAGAAGUAGUACGCAAAUCAAGCUUCCAGAUUUUAAAAAGCGAUGACUCCGCCUGCGAAGGUGGAAGCGGUGCCGCAAGUGGCAGCGCUCACCACGAGGAACUCGAAUUAAGCGAUUCGCAAGUUUUUAAAAUUGUUUCAGGUCCGCAAACGAGUUUGGGAGAACCAUUUGCCGAUAUGGAAGCAAGCUCCGCUGAUGAUGAGCAUAAAAUUAUAUCAGGCGACUACGAAGAUGAAGAUCACCUAGACAAUGAAGACGACAAAGAGAAGCCUAGAAAAAAUGGUGUUGGCUUGCGCAAUCGACAUGGUGUUGGUAACGUUGACAGCUCCUUGCCCGCCAGCGCUGUGCUCGGCGUCUAUGACUAUAGCAAUGGACGCAAGCGCCGGCUUAAGAAGCGCGUCAGGAGUGGGUCUAAAACGCGCAGUCACUGGAAGAGUAAAAUGGAUGAUGACGAUGGAGAUGCACAACUACCUGGUAGCAGCUACGCACAAGGCGGACAAUCAAGCAAGGAUCAUGACUCAGGCUUCGAACCAAGUCCACGUGCGAUGAAGAGCAAAAUACCGACGCCGCGAAAUAUUUACACCGCACAUGUGCCACGUCGACACAUCUACGCCACGCUCGACGGCCGCUCGUGCAGCAGUCGGUUGGAGGGUCGCAAACCCGGCGAUCGAGGUGCAUGCGACAUGUCAGCGGUGACGAGAUCCAUACAACGCAACAUCAGGAGGUACUAUAUGGAACGAAAAAUUUUUCAACAUCUACUCGAAUUAAAGUCGCUGCAAAUACGCUCCACUAAACUAAACGAAGCUGUGCUAGUGAAGCGAGCCGUCGACGAUUACCACAAAUCAUGUGCGGCUCUUGGUGGCGAAACUGGCACGCGCCUACGGCGCUAUCCAUUCAGCGAUUAUACAUUCAAGAAUUUUGAGUUGUUCCUUUACGAAACACUGAAGGCGCUGCAAAAGCCAGGCACCUAUAAUUUUCAGAAUAUCAAUGAAGUAUAUGAGGAAGCGGAGCGUCGCUUGAGUCCCGACUACAACGCUUACGAGAAGGCACUGCAGUGCACCACUAAGACCCACCGUUGCCUACAUGCUGCUCACGCAUACACUGGCAUUCCAUGUGCUGCAUACAUACCCAUGAUGAAUCAUCACACAAUGCCAAAGUUUGGAU